CGAGUUGGCAAGUCCUAAAUUUCGGUCUGCUAUUUUGACAAAAAUGGUGAUUUUGAAUACCUAAAGACAAUUAAUAGGUGUUUUCUGACAUUCAGGUUUGACAAUGGAUGCUGAAGAACAUGAGGCCACCGAAUCAGAAGUUAGAGAGAUGCUGGAAUUGCAGAUAUCUGAGGUUGAAAUGUUGGCGAGCAUGUUUCCAAAUCCUGGCGAAUUUUGCCCAGAAGAAGAUGGAGAUGCUGUCCUUUUCAUCCAGAAAUAUCUCGAUGGAAAGCUGAAAUAUGAAUUGCUUUUACACCGGAUUGGGUUUACGAUUAAGUUUUCUGAAGAUGUUUGCAAGACUGAUAUUGAACUCGUCUGCCGUUUCCCUCACAAAUAUCCUGCAGAUCUGCCCGACAUUUUCACCAGGACGAAACUGCCAAAUACCCAGCACAAGAAAUUUAGCGAGGACCUCUAUAGCUAUGUCCAGGAACUUGAACGAGGGGAACUCUGUAUGUUUUCAAUCGUACAAUGGAUUCAAGAAAAUAGUGAACAUUAUUGUGAUCUAAUGUUAGCUGGUGAAACUGUUGAAAAAGUCACGAGUUACGAACCAGAAUCAUUCACAAGAAUGUGGAUAUAUAGUCAUCACAUUUACAAGAGAGACAUGGCCUUGAAUCAACCAGAGAUUCUGCUGAUUGAGCCUUUCUAUGGAGGAUCCCAUAAACAGCUAAUGGACCUCCUGACGGCCGAGUUUCAGGGCUCGGAACUUGUCACAAUGACGGCCAAGAAGUGGCAUUGGCGAGCUAGGACAGCCAGUCUGUACCUGUCCCAAACAAUACCAAGGAGAGAAUCUUACAGGGUCUUGUUUGCAAGCUCUGUCCUGAAUUUGGCUGAGCUGGUGUCUCUGCGGCCAGACUUGGCCAAGCUGAAAAAGGUGAUGUACUUCCAUGAGAACCAGUUAGUGUAUCCGGUGAGGAAGCAGCAGGAUCGGGACUUCCAGUAUGGUUACAACCAGAUUCUAUCUUGUCUUGUGGCAGAUGUGGUCAUCUUCAAUUCGAAAUUCAACCGCGAUUCCUUCCUGGAGAACAUAUCAAAAUUCUUUAAAUUAAUACCAGAUUACAGGGCUAAGAACCUGAAGGAAAUGAUCAGUCCGAAAUGUACAGUGAUAUACUUUCCUUUGAAAUUACCUCCAAAAACCUCAGGCCAAGAUCUCCCAUCCGAUGAGAAAAUACAGUCAGGUGAUUGCGAUGUUCUGGUGGAAAAAAUGGACUGCGGGGAUGAUGUGGAAAGGUCAUCCAAACUUCUGAACACAAAUGCUACUGCAAUUCAAGGAAGUGACGCUGCAAGUUCUCAAAAUGAUACCAGGGAAAAGGUGAAAUUGACUGAAGAUGGAUUUAGUUUUCAAGACAUUAUUGUAGACUCUGGAUGUUCUGGCAAGGAAAACCAAAGUGAAAUUCUUGAUCAUGAUGAUGAUGAUAGAUUGACAGGACAAUUGUCUGAUCAAAAAGAGUGUGCAGACCCCAGAUUCGAAGGAGUAACAUUGAAUGUUGAAUCUGUGCUCUCUUGCAAUGAUGGGAGUCCCUUGCAUAUUGUCUGGCCCCAUAGAUGGGAACAUGACAAGGGACCGGGUGUCUUCUUCGAGACCCUUUACAAACUGAAAGAAGAGGAGCUUGAUUUCGAGGUGUCCGUCUUGGGGGAAACUUAUCUAGAAAUACCAGCUAUAUUCACCGAGGCCAGGGAGAAGUUGUCCAGCCACAUCCUGCACUGGGGGUUCGUAGAAAGUAAAGACGACUAUUACAAGGUGCUGAGAUCUGCAGAUGUGGUUGUCUCAACUGCCAAUCAUGAAUUCUUUGGUGUGGCAAUGUUGGAAAGUGUUUAUCUUGGGUGUUAUCCACUGUGUCCGAAUCGCCUGGUCUAUCGAGAAAUAUUUCCAGGCGACCACCUCUACAACACCGACCAGCAGCUCUUCAAGAGACUACGUAAUUUCUGCCGCGAACCCAAGAUGUGUCGGCGUGCCAAAGUUGAUGUGGAUGUGGAAAAAUACAGCUGGGGAAAGCUACAGCCGGUUUUCAAGGAAUUGUUGUCUUGGGAGACAAGAAUCUAAAUCAUUUGCAGUUACUGGGACAUUUCAGCAUGCGAUUCAGACCCUUUUUACAAGGCCAGUGCGGACAUUUGGACAUUACAUCUACAGUGA